UAACUUAAAACGGUAUCCAUAUCAUUCUUAUAAUAUGUCUGAUGAGAAAGAGACCGACAUUCAAAGUGGUGAAGAAUCUGAUUCGGAAUACGAGGACUAUGACGAUUAUUACAACAAUAACGAUGAUAAUUUAAGUAGCGAUGAAGAACCAAAUGAUAAUUACUCUGGACAGAAGGGUCAGGGUGAUAACCGGGAUAAUAACAAUGUCAAAAAACUAAUCCAAGACUUGGAAUAUUUUGAGUAUGAGUGUCUUGCUACUGAGCAAGUCGACGAAAAAUUAGAACAGGAAUGUGCUAGUGUUGCCAGUAAACUGAAGGUCAAGGCAUCUGUGGCCGGACUUGUUCUUCAAGCAAAUAAAUGGAAAACGCCUGUCAUUUUACAAAAGGCAACAAUUGGUGAAGAUGAGAGGAUUAAACUACUGAUCAAUGCUGGUGUUCAGUGUGCGUCUGCCCCUCCUUCACUGCCUGUCCCUGUUCGAAAGUUAGCCACAACAAAAAUUGAGUGUGGGGUUUGCUUUGAUUUACUACCUCGUCAAAAGUUAGCUUGGCUUUCCUGUAUGCAUGCUUUUUGUCGCGAUUGCUGGCAUAUGCAUAUAGAAACUGUUGUCAAAGAUGGUAUGCCUGUGGGUGUUGAAUGCAUGGCUAAAGGGUGCAGUUUAUUUUGUCCUAAGGACUUUGUUGAGCAAUUUUUAAAUAUGCAAUCUCGUUUAGCAAUGCAGUAUAAAAUUCGCUUCAGAGAUGCAUGCGUAACUGCUCAUUAUCUGCUGCGGUUCUGCGCUGGAGCUGAUUGUAGUAUGGUUAUUUAUGCGAAAACGCCAAGAGCACGUCAUGUAAAAUGCAAAGAAUGUCUCACUGAGUUUUGUUUCGAAUGUGGCAAUAACUAUCACUCACCCACUGAUUGUGAUACGAUCAAAAGAUGGUUGUUGAAGUGUGGUGAUGAUUCUGAGACAGCUCAUUAUAUUUGUGCAAACACCAAAAACUGUCCGCGUUGCAAUAUAUGCAUCGAAAAGAAUGGGGGAUGUAAUCAUAUCCAGUGCUCCAAAUGCAAAUUCAAUUUUUGCUGGAUGUGUCUUGGUGAUUGGAGUAGCCACGGUAAUUCUUAUUACGUUUGCAGUAAAUAUAAAGAGAAUCCCUUGAUCGCAGAGCAAAAUCAGAAGUCCCAGGCCAGAGAAGCAUUGAAGAAAUAUCUCUUUUACUUUGAGAGAUGGGAAAAUCAUAGCCAAAGUUUACAUCUUGAAGCUGAAGCUCGAAAACGUAUCCAGGAACAAAUUGAAAAGAAAGUUAUGAAUAAUGAAGGAACAUGGAUCGACUGGCAGUAUUUGUUACGUGCUGGAGAACUUUUAGCCAAAUGUCGUCUUACGCUCCAAAAUACAUAUCCACUUGCUUAUUACUCACCUGUCGGGGCAGAAAAAGAAUUAUUUGAAUAUCAGCAAGCACAAUUGGAAGUCGAGAUUGAAGAAUUAUCUUGGAAAUUGGAAAACGCUGGAUCAUACCAGAGAGGGGACAUAGAAAACCAGAUGGAUGUUGCUGGAAAAAGACGACAUACACUGCUUUUGCACUUUCUGAAAGAUUAAACUGUGAACUUAUUUGAACUCUCAUUAUCAUAUACUGAAUAUCACCUGAAUUUUCAUUUUUGCAUAAAAUGCAAGUUACUCAUGCACAGAAUCAUCAUGUAUUAUAUAACUCCACAGCAUCCUAGAACACCAGUUAUUGCUGAUACCUAUAGUUUUAUAUUUGAAUAUUUUGAUCUUGGUGCACUAGUAUUUUCAGUAUCAUAGUUAACUUGCAGAGAAAAAAUGGAAAUAUGGGAAGCAGUUGAUGUUAUUCAAUGUUUCAUUAGGAAUAUUUUUUUUGAACUUGUUGUAUUGUAAUUCAAGUAAUUGCCUGUAAUGAAAUGGAUAUUUAUAUCUUACGAAAAUUGUAAUUGGCCUAAGGCUAUUCGUAGAAAAUCUCUAGUUUCUCUAUUCUUGUAAUAAUUGUCAAUAUUUUGUGCAGUAGCAACAAUAAAUUUGUUUAUCUUACGCUUCAAUUCCUACAAAAGAUAAAUGUUUUAUAAUAUUUUUACAGAAAUCCGCACAUGUUUUUUUUUCAAUCUUGAAAAUUUUUGUCACACAUUUGAGUGAAAUAAUUAUUUUUACAAUGUCAUUUUUUCAUUCACUUUGGUCACUAUAACAUUUAUCUGGCAAUUUCAAAGUUUGUACAUAUUGCUGUAAGCUUGUGAUUUCACCUAUUUUCUUUUAUUGUAAAAUUAUUUUGGUGUUUUUUCUUUUUAGUCUACUUAAUACAGGCCACAAUAAUUAACCCAGAGAUCCAAAUUCCAUACCGCUUUUAACCAGGUAUAUGAAGUUGUUCGGUCAACCAGCAACUAUGUCUGAAUUGGAAAUCUCAACAGCUAAUGUUUGAUGAUUGUAACUGAUUGUUUUCUGUAUAAGUUUGAUAAAUGCAAAAUAUCAUACUGGACUCAGAUUCAAUUAACUCUAUUUAUCGGUCAUAUGAUGGUAUGUACUUGAACAAGAUACCGCUGCCUAAGUUGGAAAAUUGCUUCACAAGCUAACUAAAGGCAUUUAACUCUUGUGCAUUAUCAUGUUUCUGUAUAAUAAGUGUUGUAAACCUUGCUAACGAAGCAAAGAUUUAUUAAGCAUCAGUGACCUAGUUAACUCAUAAUUACUGUGUCAUCAAGUCAUAUACUUUCCAAUUAACUUGUGGGAUUUUCACCUUUAUUUGAGUUUGUGAAAUCUGUAUAUAGUGCAAUGUUUCUACCUAUAAAUAAAAUGAUUUUGCAAGAUGUGAAGCGCUUCUACUUUGUAUUAUACACUUCCGUCGAAAUUGCCAUUUACAUGUUCUUCUUUAGCUUGUAACUUGCUACUUUCCUGUGAACUUUUUCCAAUACACUUAUUUUUUGUUGUGUGAAA